AUGUGGAACGCGACGCCGAGCGAGGAGCCGGGGUACAACCUCACGCUGCCGGACCUGGGCUGGGACGCUCCCCCCGACAACGACUCGUUUGCCGACGAGCUCCUGCCGCUCUUCCCCGCGCCGCUGCUGGCCGGCGUCACCGCCACCUGCGUGGCACUCUUUGUGGUGGGCAUCGCGGGCAACCUGCUCACCAUGCUGGUGGUGUCGCGCUUCCGCGAGCUGCGCACCACCACCAACCUCUACCUGUCCAGUAUGGCCUUCUCCGACCUACUCAUCUUCCUCUGCAUGCCCCUCGACCUCGUCCGCCUGUGGCAGUACCGGCCCUGGAACUUCGGCGACCUGCUUUGCAAACUCUUCCAGUUCGUCAGCGAGAGCUGCACCUAUGCCACAGUGCUCACCAUCACCGCGCUGAGCGUCGAGCGCUACUUCGCCAUCUGCUUCCCGCUGCGGGCCAAGGUGGUAGUCACCAAGGGCCGGGUGAAGCUGGUCAUCCUGGUCAUCUGGGCCGUGGCCUUCUGCAGCGCCGGGCCCAUCUUCGUGCUGGUCGGGGUGGAGCACGAGAACGGCACCGACCCUCGGGACACCAACGAGUGUCGCGCCACCGAGUUCGCGGUGCGCUCCGGACUGCUCACGGUCAUGGUAUGGGUUUCCAGCGUCUUCUUCUUUCUGCCCGUCUUCUGCCUGACUGUGCUUUACAGCCUCAUCGGCAGAAAGCUGUGGCGGAGAAAGCGCGGCGAGGCGGCGGUGGGCGCCUCGCUAAGGGACCAGAACCACAAGCAAACCGUGAAAAUGCUGGCUGUAGUGGUGUUUGCUUUCAUCCUCUGCUGGCUGCCCUUCCACGUAGGGCGAUAUUUAUUUUCCAAAUCCUUCGAGCCUGGCUCCCUGGAGAUCGCUCAGAUCAGCCAGUACUGCAACCUGGUAUCCUUUGUCCUCUUCUACCUCAGCGCUGCCAUCAAUCCCAUCCUGUACAACAUCAUGUCCAAGAAGUACCGGGUGGCAGUGUUCAGACUUCUGGGAUUUGAACCCUUCCCCCAGAGGAAGCUCUCCACUCUGAAGGAUGAAAGUUCUCGGGCCUGGACAGAAUCUAGCAUUAAUACAUGACCGAGCACAUUGCUGAGCAAAGUCAUCGCUUAUUCUAAACCGGAAGCCAUAGCACAGCAGAACUUGGGAAGAAGUUGAAG